AUGGAAGAAACAAACGUUUUAAAAAAUAGUGAGGCCUUACAAGAAGUCAAAUACAUCCCGAACGAUAGCCCUACAGUGCAAAAACUCAAACCUACAGCUGAUAGAAAACAAGACACCUUCUUUUUAUAUCUCUCGGUGUUGUUAACUCAGUUACCUAUAAUAGUGUCAGGAUCUUGUACAGUAUGGACAUCUCCAGCUUUAAUCAAACUAAAAUCGAACGACAGCGAUGUAAACCCAUUAGGAAGGCCAAUAACCACGGUGGAAAUAUCCAUGAUUUCGGGUCUUCCCAUAAUAUUCGGCUUAGCAGGAAGCAUGCUACUACCGAAACUCUCCGACAUCAUCGGCAGAAAGAAACACCUCAUGUCCAUGGGGUUCUUCGUGCUCGCCUCGGGAGUAGCCCUGGCGUUCAGCAAACGCGUGAUCUACAUAGUCAUCUCCAGGUGCCUGCUGGGCACCGCCCUCUACGGGUGCUACUCGGUGGUACCCAUUUUCAUCGCGGAAAUAUGCGAGAACCACAAUCGCGGGAAGUUCGGCUGCUUCCUGGGGCUGGCCCACCAAAUCGGCCACUUGUUCGCCUUCCUGGUGGGCCCCGUCUUCAGCAUCAAAUACUUCACUCUCAUAAUCACCUCGCCUGCUCUGGUGUACGUGCUGCUCUUCUUCAUGGUGCCCGAAAGCCCGAUUUACUUGCUCAACCACGGUAGAGAGAAGGAGUGCAGGGAGGCGUUGAGGAAAUUGCGUAGCAACAAAACCGAUGAAGAGAUAGAUGGUGAUUUGGAGAAGAUCAAAGAGGAUUUGAAAGCGACUGCUUCGGCUAAAAAAGCUACGGUGGUGGAUAUAUUUAGAGUGAGGGAGAAUCGAAUUGCGCUGAUGCUGGCGUUGCUGCCGGUGAUGACGCAGAUUUUGUCGGGGGUGACUAUUAUAAUGGGGUUUCUAGCGCCUCUUUUCAACGCAGCCGGUACCGGUUUAUCCGGAAACACUGUAGCUAUUAUUGUAGCAACGAUCAAAACCACAUCUUACGUAUUCACUUCAUUCGUAGUUGAAAGAUUCGGGAGGAGAAGAAUGUUGUUAAUUUCUUCGACUUGUACUGGUAUACCACUGUUUGCUCUAGGGCUGUAUUUCUACUUGCAACACAUCCACUCGCCGUUUUUGCAGCACCUCCAAUGGCUCCCUCUUGUGGGGAUUAUAGCGAAUGUGAUGUUUUACGCUAGCGGGAUCGGUCCUAUACCAAUGGCGAUAACCAGCGAGCUGUUCCCGUUGGAGCUCAGAGCUGCGUCGUCUUGCAUCCUGAACGGCGCCAUUCAUUUCGUGGUGUUCGCUCAGAUUUCGUUGUUUCCCAUUGUUUCUGAGUCGCUGGGGAUUCACUGGUGCGUUUGGCUGUUCAGCGGGUGUUGCUUCAUCGGAGCUGUUCUGAUUUACUUGUUUCUGCCAGAAACCAAGGGGAAGAGUUUCGCGGAAAUACAGCGGAUGUUGAAGGAUUUUUAG